CAUUUUUUUGUGUUAAAUCCCAUCUGUCAUUAUUUGAUAGCCAUAAAAUUAUGGAUAGGAAUUGCCUGAUUUCUUUGGCAGGAAAUAUCGCACCGAUUGUCAAAGCAUAGCCUAGGAUGAUAUAAUGGGUUCUUCAUGCGGUUACAUUCAGUCAUUCAACGACGGCGCUUUGUUUCGCGUAACAGCGAGCAAAGACCCCUUCCCACAACCAAUAUAAUUUCAUUUUAUUCCCAAGGAGCUGUCAAUUAUUAUCCAACGGAAAGUUAUAAAACCAAACACAACACGUAGCAGAUGAUAAUCUAUUCAUUUCUCCACCUUCUUCUCCCUUAUUCGCUGUCGUCAAACGCAAAUAAACACAACACCUACAGCUGGGAUCGUGCAACAAAAAUACAUCGAAGUGAACAUGGCGACUGGUCUUGGCGUGUCUCCAACACAAGAACAUCAUCGAUUGUUCCCAGAAAACAUCGAACUCAACGUCGGCGGUAAGUAUUACUCGACGACGGUGUUGACACUAACUAGAGAGCCCGAGACGCUUCUGGGCCGAAUGUUCAGCGGUAGGCAGAAGGUAAAUAAAGACAACUCCGGGAAAUAUUUCAUAGAUCGCGAUGGGUCAUUGUUUCGGUAUAUACUCGACUUUCUACGCACCAAACAAUUGCAUCUUCCGGAGGAAUUCGGCGAGAUUGAAAGGCUUAAAACGGAAGCAGAGUUCUUUGAAAUGGACGAUUUAGAACAACAGCUUGAGCAGUACUCGAAAAGGCGGGAACGAGCUGCUACUGUCGUAAGCGAGCAAUUUGGUUACAUUACCUUACACAUUCGCGGUACAUAUGCGUUUGGACGCACAGGUCAAGCAGACGUCACUUUUCGCAAAUUGCAAAGAAUUGAAGUUUCUGGCCGAGUAUCUUUAUGCCGCGAGGUGUUUGGAGAAACUCUAAACGAGACACGAGACUCUAACCCUGAGGGCAACAGAUACACGAACAGGUUUUAUCUUAAACAUAAUCAUAUCGAGAGAGCUUUCAAACGGCUUAAAGACUCAGAUUUCGACCUGGUUUCAAGUAGCGGAGGAAAAAGUGGAUUAAGUGCGGAUAGCACCAAGAGCGACGAAGAUAAAUGGGACCAUUUCUCUAUUCACGUUUUUGUGCGGCGAUAAAUUGAAAACAAAAAAACCUAUAUAUUUGCGUGCGAUAAAGACAAUACUUUUUUGUUUCUUGCAUCUUUUUUCUUAAAUACAUUGAUUUUAAAAUUUGCGCCGCUUCUUUAAAUGAACUAUGAAGUUUUAAGUGCAUAUGGCACUCUCCUGCGUUAUGAACGUACAGAUUUAAUGUUUCAGACCUGUGAAUAAGUCCUUAGAGCAAACAACUGAAAUAGCCCGAAGUUAUAAAUAAUGUUGAGAUAAACGGCUGGAUUAUCCUGCACAUUGGAAUUAAUUAACCUCCAAAUCCUUCUCGAAGCGGUUAUAGCCACAAGGAGACUCACUAAAAGCAAAAUUUGAAGUCGUGCCUCGAAAAGUCUACUUGUUAAAAAUAAGAUUUCGCUUAAUUUCUCUCACCGACCAGCUAAAUAGGAUGUGCAUAAUUAGCUUGGACCUGUCGAAGUACUAAUGAAAAUAGGGCGAUUCUUCGUCAAGAAAAAUCACACGACGACCAUUAACACACUAUUAAUGCGAACCUUGUUGGUCAUUUAAGUGACAAGAAAAUCCUGAAAACAAUUAUUGCCAACUUUUGUCGCAAAAACACGGACCGGCUGAUUCUCUGUGAGCAAUUCGCUUUUCAGAAAAU